AUGCCAGCCAAGACCGUCCACCAACAACUCCUCCUCCCCUAUCGCGACGAAAAUAACAUCACCAUCCGCUACGUCGCGGCACCAGGUUAUCGUCCAUCACACUCCGCACUGGCCUCAUCCACAGGGUACGACUCCGACUUCGAGCCCCUCAUCGCUUCCGAAGACCUCGACGAAGAUGACCUCAUGCACUUCACAGCCACCGGGCGUCCAGUGCCGCAAUUCAAGGGCAGCGCGCUCGCGAGCCUAGGCGGACACAUGUAUACAGCCCCGCAGCUGCUGCCGAAACGAUAUACAGACGAUUCGAUCAUACCAGCGAUCAUUACGGGCGUGAUACCUUCGGAGAACAAGAGUAAGGAUAAAGCGGAGGGGUCGAAGAAAAGGGGGAUAUUGGGGAAGCUGAAGGGCAAGAAGGAGAAGGAGGGAGCUGGCAAGAGCGAGAAUGGCGUCUUGAAAGUGGUGUUUAUGCCGCGGCGGGAGUACCAGAAGUUCUUUGCGAGAGAUUUGAAGGGGAAUUAUAUUGGGAGUGAGCCGUUUCGAAGAUGGAAAGAGGAGGAGCUGGAGGAGCUUUAUGGGAGGUAUAGGCCGAAGAAGUUGGAGAGGAGGGGGUUUAUGGGUCCGGUUUAA